AGACACUCUGCGCCGUUGCCGUUUCCUCGACGCUCGUGUUAUUACGACCCUCGAGAUAAAAAAUGAUCGUCCAGCGUGGAACUUGCUCGCGGCAAAGGAAGGAAAAUGCCUCUACCGAACACCCAGCUCAAGUUGGACGCCUCUGAACUUUACCAUCGUAGGACCGAACAUCUGAGUAAAGUGAUGGAAGGACUUUCGCCGGAGAAGCCCAGGGUGUCCUCUGAUUCGUAUGGAAGCUACGCGAAUCUGGCCAACAACGAAGAAAACGCCUCGGCGGCAGAUCGUACUUCACCACGCCCCACCGGACGUGGAGGGCCCGUGUCCUCGUCUACGCCCAAGUCUCCGAUGCCGGCCCGCUCUUCGAGUAACGCCCCUAACCAGGCGACGAGUUCCCUGGCGUAUCCAGAGCUGAUGGCGUGCGCCAAGUGUGGGGAAGGUUUCGGGCAGCUCGAGAAGAUUGUCAACUCGUGCGGCCAGAUCUGGCACCCCGAGUGUUUCGUAUGCGCCCAGUGUUUCCGGCGUUUUCCCGAUGACGUCUACUACGAGUUCGAAGGGCGCAACUACUGCGAGUACGACUUCCGGCGGCUGUUUAUCCCGAUGUGCGCCCAGUGCAUGGGAGACAUCUCGGGCAGACUGAUCCGGGCCCUGGGCAGGGACUGGCACGCCGACUGCCUCCGAUGCAAGCGCUGCAAGGCGGGCCUCUCGGACACCGGGCUCGUCAGCAUACACAGGCGACCGUACUGUCGCCAGUGCUACAAGGCCAUCCAGGCGGAGGACGCCGGCAAGCUGACCUGCGCCAAGUGCGAGGAGGCGAUCGACGGCGCUCCUUUGCGACACCGAGGCGACGUCUACCAUCCCUAUCACUUCAACUGCGCCAAGUGCGGGGCGGAGCUGACCCCAGAGGGCCGCGAGGUGUCCGGUGAGCUGCACUGCGUCAAGUGUCGCGACAAGAUGGCGACCUCCGUCUGCGCCGCCUGCCGGAGGCCGAUCGAAGACACGCGCGUCGUCUGCGCACUGGGAAAGAAGUGGCACGUCGAGCACUUCGUGUGCGCCCAGUGCGAGAAACCGUUCAACGGACGCAGGCACUACGAGAAGAAGGGACAUGCCUACUGCGAAACGCACUUCGAGCAGCUCUUCGGCUACGUGUGCUUCGUGUGCAAUCUUCCGUCUGCUCAAGGCUACAAGUCUCUGAACAAGAUGUGGUGCCCGAGGCAUUUUUGUUGUUCCUACUGCGAUCGUUCCCUCUCCGACAAAUCCCGAUUUUUCGACAUCGACUUAAGGCCUGUAUGCAAGAAGUGCUACGAAAAAUUUCCCAGCGAGCUACGCAAGCGCCUAAUGAAAUCGGCAGAGAGAAGCCCCUUCAACAAAAAAUAAACAGGUUUGUUCUCAAAUACAAGGCAAUUUAAUAAAAGAACCUAUAACGCUGUGUA